GAUCUAGAUCUAAGAGCAUCGUAACUAACUAUCGAGGUCACAAUCCAUGACAAUGUGUUUACAAGUUUGUGGGCAGAUUUUAACUAAGAAAACCUACUUGUACAGAUUACCAGUACCAGUACCACAGAAUAAACUUUUCAAGCUAAAACUUCGUCACUUGUUUAGUCUAAGAAGCACUCAGUCCUAUAAACCUUGCCACUCUAAGGAUAAAGUCUCACAAAAAUUUGACCUUAUUUAUGAAAACAGUUUAAAAUACUUCAUUGUUCCAUGCAGACUGAUUUCCACUGCUGCUAGCAUCACAACAAUGGGACUAGCUGCUUAUCAUGGUGUCCAGAAUCACAACUCUUUACAGCAGUGGGAAAAAUACACAUUAGCUGGUUUGUGUUGCUUCAGUGUGCUCUCCAUUCUCCUGGUCAACAAACUGACAAGCUACUACAUCACAAGAAUCUAUUAUAAUCAAGAAACUGAUACCUUUAUUGGAAUUAUACAUAGUUUCUUUGGCACUUCAAGACAACUGAAAUACUGUUCCUUAGAUUUGAAAAAUAUGAAAUUGCCAUUAAAAAAAUCUUCUAUACAUCUUCAAAGUAAUUUUAAUGCGAAUGGUAAAACUUACUUUGUAAAAGCCAAUGACUUUGUGAUGCCAAAAUAUUAUAACUGGCACUUAGGCCAGACAUAAAUAAUAAACUGUAAGUUAUUAUAAUAGAUUUUUUUUAUUAUUUCUUUCUCAUUUAUUAAAGAAAACUGAAGGACCUUUUGAAAGUCUAUUAUUAGAACACAUCAACACAUACACAUAACAAAUGUAUUAACAUUUUUACUUCUGUCUUUAUAUCUGAUACAUUUUUUCCUUUAAAGCUUCAAAUAUAGAAUUCACACUAUUUACAAAUGGAAAAGGACACAAUUUUAUUUAUUUUAUUCUGGGUAUUGAACAAUACAAUUAGACUUCCCAAAUAUGCUAUAUACCAGUUAGUAAUUGUCUCUGAAAUAAUACAUAGGCCUACACUCAGGUUGUGGUUUCAUAUUGCUAAUCUUCUUAAUAAAUUUUAAGCAUUCAAAAAAUCCAGACAGAGUAAAUAUACACAUGCAUAUACAAUUACAGAAUAUAUUUACCUUUGGCAAAUAUACACGUGCAUGUACAACUAUAUAAUGUAUUUACAUUUGGCAAAUAUAUUAGUUAAAAUGUUACUCUGAUGACUAUCACAGAUAUACGUAAAGGUCGAUGAAAUCACUCAUAAGUGUAGUGUAGCUGAAAGGGCUCUUGAAAAAAGGCGAAUAGUUCUAACUCAGAAUUAGAUAGAAGAUGAUAUUUGAAUGUUGUUUAUUGAAAUAAAAAAAAAAUCUUACUGAAUAAUGUCCCCUAAAAUGAUAACCCUCUUAAUGGUAAGUCUAAUUUUUCUAUUCAAAAUAAUUUUUUAUUCACUUGAAAUCAAGAAAGAACUGCAUAUCAUUUUUGCAAACAUUGUUUCUCAGGAUUAUCAGCAGAUGCUGCUUAAGGUCUCCAAUAAUGGAAUAUGCUAACAAGGCACAAUAAAUUUGGUUAAGACAUUUUAAAAAUCAAACGAUAAGAAGGUCAUUUUUAUUUUUGGAAUAUGAAGAAGUGUUAUUUGUUCCUAAAUCAUUUCUUGGACUAGGUUGAAUCAUUGAGGUCUGACUCAUGGUGGUUUUCAAUUGCUCAUAGCUCCAGUGCAUCUGUUCAAUUUCUUUUUGAUGCUUGUGUUUGCUAGUUUCUAGCUCUUUCAAAAGAUGGUUGUUGGUUUCUAUCAAAGAUCUGGGAGACAAAACAUAGUAUGAAUGUUAAUUGUAAAAGUGAAAAAUAAAUUACCCUAUAGAGACGUCAAAAUCUAUAAGGCAGGUGAAAAAUCCUGAUCUAUACAAGUAUUCAAAGCUACAACAUUUGGCAUUCAUUGCCUUUGGUUAUAACAUCACAAUAAAGCAUGAUUAUAUAAUACACAUUUUAAUAUAAAGCAAGAUUGUCAAGUCACAUAGUUAUAAGGGAAUUUUUAAUUCUUUUUGAAGUUGAAGUUGUUGUUUUUAUAAUUUAAAUUGGGUUUCUAAAAUUUUAUUUAUUGGAUAUAAAUGGGUAAUUUAAAAUAAAGUUUUCUUUUUAUUUCUUUCCAAUUGAAGUUUUUUCUUCUUUUUUUUUUUGUUUAACUCAUGUUACUAGAAAAUUGAAUGCGCUUUUUUUAUUGUUCCAUUGAAAAAAAGCUGAACUUCAAAUAUGAAGAUUGAAUAAACAUACCUGUGACUUUCUUGUAACAUGUUUGUUAACUCAUCACACUGAUUUAAUUUCGUUUUCAUCUGUUCUACUUCUUUGGCUAAAGAAUUGUUUUUACGUUGAAGACUAUCU